GGCCUUCUCGCAGCGGCUGUGUCGGCGAGCGGGCCCGCUCCGGGACGAGGCUGCAGCCUUUGCUUUCUCCUUGUCUUUCGUUCUCCGCCGCCUCUGCUUCGCUCUGGGCGCCCCCGGCCCUCCCGUGCCGUCUCCCGCUUCUCGCCGCAAACGAGGCCUUCGGCUCUCCUGCCUCACUCGCUGCCGCGCAGUCGCCACUUGCCGUUUUAUUUCUCCUGUGGCGUUCCCCGCGCCCCUUGCAACCAUUUUCCGUCCUCCCCCGCCCCCUCGGCAGUUUUUUUAAAACAUUUUUCCGUUGCUUAACGUCGUGUGCGUUUUCCAGCUGUUUUCCUGUUGCUGGUUUUGAUGCCUGGUUAUUCCGCUUCUUUCCUUCCCGCCCCUCCUCCCGUUUUUCAGUGUUAAAGGGCCUCUUCUUAGCCUCCUUUUUAUCCAUCCCAGUGCUUUCAAAGCCUCGCCCUGCCGGGCUUUUCUUUUUCGUUGCGUACACGAAAGGAGCAAGGAGCUGAUAAUGAGAGAACAAAAUUCACAGACUUAGAUCAUGCAAAAGACCUAAAGGACAGGGAAAUAAAGUUUCAGUGCAGAACGGUUCGAUUCAUCAAAAGGAUGCAGUAAAUGAUGAUGAUUUUGAGCCAUAUCUAAGUAGCCAGACAAAUCAGAGUAAUAGCUAUCCACCAAUGUCAGACCCAUACAUGCCUAGUUAUUAUGCACCAUCCAUUGGAUUUCCGUACUCCCUGGGUGAAGCGGCAUGGUCUACAGCAGGAGAUCCUCCAAUGCCAUACUUGACAACUUACGGACAGAUGAGCAAUGGUGAACACCACUACAUCCCUGAUGGUGUGUUUAGUCAACCUGGAGCUUUAGGAAACACCCCUCCAUUCCUUGGUCAGCAUGGAUUUAAUUUUUUCCCUGGGAAUGCAGAUUUCUCUACAUGGGGGACAAGUGGAUCUCAGGGGCAAUCAACCCAAAGCUCUGCUUACAGCAGCAGCUAUGGCUACCCACCUAGCUCUCUUGGCAGAGCUAUAGCCGAUGGACAGGCUGGAUUUGGCAAUGAUACCUUAAGCAAGGUGCCUGGUAUUAGCAGCAUUGAGCAAGGUAUGACCGGACUGAAAAUUGGUGGCGAUAUGACAGUUGCUGUAACAAAAACUGUUGGUUCAGCUCUGAGCAGUGCAGGAAUGACAAGUAUUGCAGCAAAUAGUGUGCCUGCAGUUAGCAGUUCAGCACCUAAACCAACCUCUUGGGCUGCCAUCGCAAGGAAGCCUGCUAAGCCUCAGCCAAAACUUAAGCCUAAAGGUAAUGUGGGAAUUGGGGGACCUGCUGUACCACCACCCCCUAUAAAACACAACAUGAAUAUUGGAACUUGGGAUGACAAAGGGUCUGUAGUAAAAGCUCCCCCAACCCAACCAGUACUGCCUCCUCAGACUAUAAUUCAGCAGCCUCAGCCAUUAAUUCAGCCACCACCAAUGGUGCAAAGCCAACUGCCUCAGCAGCAGCCGCAGCCACAGCAGCAACAAGGACCUCAGCAACAGGCUCAGCCACAUCAGCUGCAGCAACAACAGCUGCAAAAUCGCUGGGUGGCUCCUCGUAAUAGGGGUGUAAGUUUCAAUCAGAGUAAUGGAGCUGGCAAUGAAAACUAUGGUAUAGGUGUUAUACCAGUUAGUUCUUCACCCUCUGGUGUAGAAGUGCACCCAGUAUUGGAAAAACUAAAGGCCAUAAAUAAUUAUAAUCCCAAAGACUUUGACUGGAACCUGAAGAAUGGUCGUGUGUUUAUAAUCAAAAGCUAUUCAGAGGAUGAUAUACAUCGUUCCAUUAAAUAUUCUAUCUGGUGUAGUACUGAACAUGGUAAUAAACGCUUGGAUGCUGCGUACCGUUCACUGAAUGGAAAGGGCCCACUGUAUUUACUUUUCAGUGUGAAUGGCAGUGGACACUUCUGUGGAGUGGCUGAAAUGAAGUCUGUGGUGGACUACAACGCGUAUGCUGGUGUCUGGUCUCAGGAUAAAUGGAAGGGGAAGUUUGAUGUUAAAUGGAUCUUUGUUAAAGACGUUCCGAACAACCAGCUGCGGCACAUUCGCUUGGAAAAUAACGACAACAAACCGGUUACCAAUUCGAGGGACACUCAAGAAGUACCCCUAGAAAAAGCCAAGCAAGUGCUUAAAAUAAUUGCUACGUUCAAGCAUACCACCUCAAUCUUUGAUGACUUUGCACAUUAUGAGAAGCGUCAAGAGGAGGAGGAAGCCAUGCGUAGGGAGAGGAAUAGAAACAAACAAUAACUAUAUGACGACGGUCCUGGUAGAAUUACAACACUAAUGAUGUAGACUCUGGAAAUGCCUAAUAUGUCUAAGAAGACGUUAUUAAAGCUUUGUUCCUGCUUAAGGUGACAUCUUUGAACACUUUAACACAAAAUUGACUCUUCUUGUAAUGGUUCUCAUCAGUGCAUCUGCCCUUAUACUCUCUCACCAAACACACUUGAGAACUGUAACUUCGUCAAGCACUUUCUGUCCUGAAGCUUUUACCAGUAUCUGCUGUCUUUUGUAAUUAUGCAUCCUAGCUAAGGCACAGGAGAUGGAACGAAUGCAAGGAUUCAUUAACUCUUUGAAUUUGUUGAAUACUAACAAUUAACCAUCAUAAAUGGUUCAAUGAUGUGAGAUUCACAUUGCUUCAACUUAUUUUUCUUUGAUGUAGUUUUUUAAUUGUCAGUUUUUAGCUAUUCAACAGAAUAAAAGCAAAAUCAUGCCAUAUUUAGUCCUGGAGUAAAACUCAAGUCUAAAUGUUCAUGUGAAAAUUAUUGUAGUAAACUUUUAAUAUGGCAAAGCAACUUUAAGCUGCAAUUUAGCCAAAUGAAACAUAACAUGAAAUUAUAUUAGGAUGACAUUUCCCUUGUUUCAAACUGUUUGGUGUAGAGAAUAUUAAUAUAUGCAGCUUGGUGGGCCGCACCAGUUAAUGCACACUUCCUUUUUUUUCCUGUAACAUGUAUACCGAAAAAAGUGCAUUUGUCUGAGGAACUGUUUGUUUGCUACCACUCAAUCUCAGUUUUGAGUACAUGUACCUCAGUCUAAAUCAGACUUUUUAUGACCUUUAUAACUACAUUUAAAAUCUUUAAUUCCUAUUUCUGGGUGUUUGCAAGCCUGAAAAGAUUGCUAUCAUGGAAGUGAAAAUUUACUCCUCUAGGUGAUUCACUAGCUAAAUAAACAUAAUUCUUGUUUAGCAAGAAUAUACUCUGUUUCUCAGAUUUUGUUUGUUCCCAGCUCUGAUUAAUAGUCUGGUAUUCUUUCAUUUCCAAAUUCUUUCGGAAAUAAACGCGUAUCCAUGGUUUCAGUUUGUAUACUCAUGGCUGUGUUUACAUGUUAUCUGUUAGUGCUAUAUAAUAAAAGCCUAGGUACCAUA